AUGGCCCAGUCGCCUGCUCCUCAAAGCCUCCUUGGCCACGACCCCUGGAUCUUCUCCCAGGGCUGGAGCUGGGCACAGGCGCAGGUGCAGGUGCAGGUGCAGAACGCGGGACUGGGCUCGGGCACCUGUGCUGGGGCUUCCUGGGGGUCCCCCGCCGCUUGCUCUGGAGCCCAAGCCACGCCCGAAUGCCUGGGGAACAGAGUCCCCGACCCGAGUCCGUGGGUGACACCCCCUUACUACCCUAAGAUGCAGUCGCCCUUGCAUCCGUCCCGAGGAAGAGCUCCUGACGCGUCUCUUUGGAUGCCACCCCAAGCCUGUUCCGGGGCGCAGACAUCCCCAGAGCCUGGGAACCUGGCCAUCCCCUGGACGCCUCCCCCGGCUCCUCCUGAGCUGGCUGCAGUGUACCAGGCUAUCUCUGUGUCUCCAGAGGCCUGUCUGUCAUCAGGAGACCCACCCCUCGUGCCCCGCCCAUCAUGCCAGAGACUGCAGCCUCAGAUCCAGUGGGGGUGCUGGAGCGACAGGGCAGAGCUGCUCCCAGGCUCAGAGGACCAGGGAUCCACCCCCACCUUCCAGCUCAGUGAAGCAGGCCCUCCCCAGAGCUCAGACCUGCAGCUCAGUGGCUGCCCUGAACUUUGGCAAGAAGAUUUGGAAGGGGCCCACCUGGACAUUUUCUACUAAUGCCUUGGCCUGCCAGGCAUCCAGCCUGUACUGUGGGUGCCCUCGUGUGCUACUUCAAUGGUUUUCCAAGUUUUCCUUUAGCCAAGAAUCCCUUUUUCUGAAUGAAAUCUUUCUUGGAAACUCUGUUUGAACAGAUAGUGGGUACCCUCUCUGGCUGGAAUGGGAGCAGGGGCAGUGUCCACCACCACCAGGCACCCCCCCCAACCCAAUGCCCAGAA